AUGGAGUUUUUGUUUCUUGCAGCUGGUGUAGGUAUUGCUAUAGCAACUCAUGAGAACAGGUACUUAAGAGCUCAUACUACAAACGAUGAAUAUAGCAAUCUGAACAGAAAUUUCAGCUUGUCUCGCAGGUGUAAUUAUUGUCUUGGUUCUUAUUGUCAUUGUUCACCAAUUGCAAGCAGUCUGUCAUCGGCGCCAACAAUGAGACCUUCAUAUCCCCGACAACUGAAUAGAACGGCCAGUGCAUUCAAAUCUACUAGAACCGUAACCAAGAAGUCACCGAAAAGUGUUCCAAAACCAAAAAUUGUCUCUGAAAAAGUACCAAAAGUUGUUCCUUGUUCAAAUGUGAAAACAAAAGCUGCCUCAGCAGGACCUUCCGGUAAUACAACCAAAACAGACAAAUCGACAAAAAAAUUAACUUUACCAAGAAGGCUGAUUUCAUUGUCAAGAUUUUUUAAAAGAAACAGAAAUACGGAUGUUGUUGCGCAACCAGGGAAGCUGAAACACUACUCGGUCACUUUAAGCGGUAGUCAGAUUAAUGAGAAAGCAAUUUUAAAACGGAAAGUAUCACCAACAAGAAAAUCGGAAGAGGUCCCCUUGUGUCCACCUACUUUUCACGAGAGUAUGGUGCAACUGAAUGGGAAUGGUGAAGUAGAGACGUUACCAGAAUACUCAACGGAACCUCCUCCGAUAUACAGAUGUCAAACCCAAGAUGACUAA